CCUUUUUUUUUAAAAACUCUCUCAACCUUCCUGUCCUCAGGCGAUGGGCCGAUCAUCGGACGGUCAUCGGCCGGUCACCGGCCACCGUGCCGGUCGCCGAUCCCCGGCGCCGGCACCACCGUCUGCGGUGGCCGGAAAAAGUAAAAAAUUUCCUUUUCAACCUUCUUGACCCCUGAGCCUAGAUCUGAGCUUAAAUCCUACAAAACACCAACGAAAGUGCCCCAAAAGCACUGAAACCUUUCGGCUUCCGGUCGUCUUUCAUCGGAGACGACACCCUCAACCGUCCACGGUGAUCUAGGACUCAAGACAGAGGUUGUAUCUCUCCUUUCUUUAUUUAUUAACAGUAUGUAUAUAAUAGUAAAAAAAUAACGAUAGAGAAUAAAUAAAAACUACAAAAUAACAACCUUUUGAUUCGAUUGUUUUGCUCCUGAUAUUGUGAAAGUUGUAGUUUUAUUUUUAUUUCGAAAAUCGGAUCCCUAUUACAGUGUUACAAUGGCUAUUUUAUAGCCGAAUGAAAAAAUAAAAAGGAGAAACAAUAUCUGUUUCCUUUUUGAUUUGAUUUUCAAAUCUUUGAUUUCCUUUUCCAUAUAUUGUUUGUUUCUAUUUUUGUGCAGGUGACAAUCGGGGAAGAUCCGGAGGAUUCGGCUUGGCUCGGUUGCGGCGCUGUUGAAGAUCAGAAACCCUAGGGUUUCAUCCGUUUUGGGCCAUUGAAAUUUGGGCCUCCAUUGUUUUAAAUUGGGCCAUGUAUUCUGGGCUCUCUUUUUUUGUUCCGGACAUGUAAAAAAAUAAUGGACUUUUUAUUAUUUUGGGCCGGGUAAAAUUUAGGUAUUACACUUAUAAAUUAUUAACAUAUUGAAAAUUAUAUAAACAGAAGAUAGAAAAAAAAAAGAGAAGAAACGUACAUGACAACUUCAGCGAUUGUUUUAAUAAAAAAAGAAAAACAUGCACCAAUUGUUGAGCCAUAAGAUACAUACAUGCAGCUUAAUUGUUUGUAUGCAACACGUGAUUUUUAAAAUAAUAGCUUCUGCUUUCUUUACUUUCACUAUAUUAAAUAUUAUACAAUAAUUUGCGCCCACUGUUCACAUUUUCUGAUUUGGAUUUAAUAUUUAUAUAUGUUCUGCACUUUAGUCCUUUGAAUGUUCAUCACUCACUUUUGAUGCAAUGGAGAAUGUGAAAGUAUUUAGUAUUAUUAUUGCUGUAUUUUCAGUUUUGAGUGUGGAAAGUGUGGGGUUGAAGGACUUGAAAACCUGUAAUUUUGGAGCAGUUUAUAACUUCGGUGAUUCCAAUUCUGAUACUGGUGGUGGCUCUGCUGCAUUUUGGCCUGCUGGGAAACCAUGUGGCGAGACUUUCUUCGGUAGGCCGGUCGGACGGGGUUGUGACGGACGUCUCAUUAUCGACUUCAUCGCUGAACACCUUGGGUUGCCUCACUUGAGUCCUUACUUGGAUUCCAUUGGAACAAGUUUCAGAUAUGGUGCUAAUUUUGCCAUUGGCGGAUCAACCAUUAGGCCACAAAAUGAGUCAAUGUCUUUAAAUGGAGUGAGUCCAUUCUCACUUGACAUCCAGAUUGUACAAUUCGACCAAUUCAAGGAUCGAACCGGCCAUUUCUACAAUCGAAGUUACCCCAGACAUCGCCGUAAUCUCCCCAGACCAGAGGACUUCUCCAAGGCUCUUUAUAUAUUUGAUAUUGGCCAAAAUGACAUUGCUGCUGGUUUGAGAAAGAAGAACGAUUCAGCUUUUCAUGCAUCAGUUCCAGACAUUGUUGAUCAGCUAGCUAAAGCAGUUCAAAAUCUGUAUGAACAUGGGGCAAGGACAUUUUGGGUACAUAAUACAGGUCCAAUUGGUUGCUUGCCUGUGAGUCUUCAUUAUCAUGAUAUUAAGCCUGAAGAACUUGACGAGCAGGGCUGUCUAAAAGCCCAAAAUGCCUAUUCCAUGGAGUUCAAUAGGCAGCUUAAGUCCAGAGUGAUCAAACUUAGGGAAGAGUUACCACAUGCUGCUCUCACAUAUGUGGAUAUUUAUGCUGCAAAGUAUGAACUAAUUGGCAAUGCAAAAAAGCAAGGAUUUGUUGAAGCUGCAAAUAUUUGCUGCGGUUUUCAUGAAGACGAGAUUCAAGUAUAUUGUGGCCACAAACAAAACAUAAAUGGAACUGAAAUCUAUGCGGGUUCUUGUGAAAACCCUUCCGACUUUAUCAGCUGGGAUGGUGUCCACUACACUGAGGCUGCCAAUCGUUGGGUUGCUCAUCGUAUAAUCAACGGUUCAUUUAGUGAUCCACCCUUGCCAAUUAAUCAUGCUUGCCACAUACCCUAGUUUUUGAGUACUCAUUCAUGAAAUUUCAACUUUUGAGAGGUUUCUGAAGGCAAGAUUCAAUCUCGGCAGGCAAAUUUAUACUCACUUUUGCUUAAUACUUCAAUUGAUAUUGUGAAAGGAAUAAUUCGUGUUACAAAAACUUUUUUUCAUCUGUUUUCUUUUGGGUGCAAACUACAAAGUCAAAUUAUAAUUUGAUUGAGGAGAAUUACGUCAA